CCACUUAUUCAACGUGAUCCUCAACCGGGAGGCCAUGCUCAACGCCGUGAUGCGCGAGGAUCACCCCGAGAUCGAGAGGCUCAAGGCUCAGCGAAACCGAUUGAAACGUGAGCGAAAUGAAUUCGUUGGCGCAGCAACCCCAAGCCGCCAUAAUCCACUGGCCGGGCACGUACAGCUACCCAACAAUUCUGAAGCAGCCGACGAAGAGGUUGUGCGACACGAUGACUACUCCACGGGAGACGAAGGCAAGGCAAACAGCAUGAGCAUGUGGGACACUAGCGAGGACGAGAUGGAGGACGAUGAAGAUGACUCAGAAGGACUUUCGGAAGAAGACGUGGACUUUGUGGAUGGACCGGGCAAGAUUCUCAAGGAGGAGGAAGAUGAUGAGGAGGUCAAGGAAGCUUCCAAAAACUCUGCAGAGCCAAGCCAACAGAGUGCCGCUUCGGUGGAUCACGAGCCGGAGGCAAAUGCAGGAGCGAAGGUGGUCAAGCAGGAAGAGGCUGAGCACGACGGGAUCAAGAAUUUUGCCGCAAAUUUCCACCCAACUCCUCCACGGCCACGGCCAGUCCCGGAGACAGCGGAGGAAGCGCGUGCAAGGCUCAUGAAACUGGCUUGCCCUUACGAUGAUGAUGAUGAGAGCUCGGAGUCGAGUGACAGCGAUUAAAUUGCAUGAUUCGCGGCUGCUAUAUCUUAACUGUACAGUAUUGUAAUCGCUGUAGUCAGUAAUUGAAUGGAAUGGACCAGUG